AUGGCUUGUGCCCGCAGCGUCGUCGCCACCGCCCUGGCACGGUCUCCAGGCCCCGUCGAACCACCACGCGGUGCCAGGACCAGCACCCUCACCCUCACCGUUGCGUUGGCACUCUCACGGUGCCACACUGUAACUCUUACGAAGAUUCCCCGGCCAGGCCCAGUAUUACGCACAACAGCCGCCGCCCGGAAGCCACACGGUGCCGCCUACUGUGCGGCCACGCACCCCCCCAGCGGCCCUAGGCCCAGUACGGCGCCCCGACCAGGACCAGUAGCGCUGCUGCACGCCAGCCCAAUCGCUAGCUGGUGGCGAAGACGGCCUAUCCUGGCUCGCCGGAAUCUUAUUCGACAGGCUGUGCCCAAGUCUCUCUCGCGUCCCUCCAGGUCCCUCAACCAAACAAAAAGGCCGCUGCCAGCCCCCCAAGAGGUUCUGCCCUGCUCCUGCUUUUCUGCCUCCCACCCUUUCUAUUCUUUGUACCACCCGCCCCCAACCCGAACCUAUUCUGACUACUGCCAACUUACCACCUCGACACCAAAAAAGUAA